UAUAACAAUUUCCAUUCUAAAUUUUCUUUCCGCACAUAUCUCUCCCUUCCUAUGACCUCGUACCAGUUGAAUUCUCGUGAAAUAACCACCAAACUGUAAUAACAUCUGGCAUUUCCGAAAGCCCCUUAUUGAAAACAAGACAAAAAGUUCAUAUCUUUUGGGUAGAAUCGGAUUGUUCUGGGCUAGGAUUUCUUUUUGUUGGAUAAAACACAGAGAAAUAAAGGUCAAGGCGUCGCUAGCACAACAAGACGGAAAUUGAGGGCUAAGCCCGCACUAGUUUUGUAACUCAUGAGAAUAAUUGAGCUGGAUACUUUGCUAUGUUGGCUUUGAAUUGCAAUGGGAUUGGCUCCAUUAACUGUUUCUUUCAUUUCUCUGAAUGGCAUCCUCUGGAAUAGCAUAGUCGAUCGCCCCACCGUUACCCACUUCAAUAUUUCAUAUACACAGAAGAAAAGGACAGUCUUAGAAAUAUUUAUUCAAAGGUUUGAAUAUCAGGUUUAUUAGUUUUCAGUUUAAUAUAAAUUUGGGCUAGACGGUUGUUGCAAAUGGACUGUUGUGGGUGUUUUGGUUUCUCUUCGAGGAAGCCAAAGAAGGCAGAGAGACCCUGUAGGAGGAUGCCCCAUGGUACUUCACGGGAGUCCUUGUUGGAUGAUGAUGACGAUGUAGAAGAUGAGGAUGAUGAUUUUUAUGAUGGAGAUAUGACGGAAACUGGUAUCCCUGAUGAAUAUGAUUUCCUAAGUCCAAGAAAGCGCGCGGAGGAGAUCUUGAUGUCCCUGCUGGAGAAUGGGAUGGUUUGCAGGGAGUUCCCUGUUAAGGAAACCAACACUUUGCUACGCUCCGAGGAUGAUGAUGGGAACAAGACAAUUAAUGAAUAUGUGCGUGAACAUAAGAUUGGUUCUGGCAGCUAUGGAAAAGUGGUUCUCUAUCGGAGCCGUGUUGAUGGACAACAUUAUGCAAUAAAGGCCUUUCACAAAUCUCAUUUGUUGAAGCUACGAGUUGCGCCUUCCGAGACUGCCAUGACUGAUGUUUAUCGUGAGGUUUUAAUCAUGAAAGUGUUGAGUCAUCCUAAUAUAGUCAAUCUGGUGGAAGUUAUAGAUGACCCAAUAACAGAUCGCUUCUAUAUGGUUCUUGAAUAUGUGGAAGGAAAAUGGAUUUGUGAGGAUACUGGUCCUUCAUGUGCUCUAGGGGAAGAUACUGCACGGAAGUACUUACGUGACGUAGUUUCUGGGUUGAUGUAUCUUCAUGCUCAUAACAUAGUGCAUGGAGACAUUAAACCUGAUAAUUUAUUAAUUACUAGUUUUGGCACAGUUAAGAUUGGUGACUUCAGCGUCAGCCAGGUUGCUGAGGAUGAUAAUGAUGAGCUUCGUCGUUCCCCUGGAACUCCUGUAUUUACAGCGCCUGAGUGCUGCUUAGGUGUAACCUAUAGUGGAAGACUUGCUGACACUUGGGCGGUUGGAGUUACGUUGUACUGUUAUAUUAUGGGGAACUACCCAUUUCUAGGGGAGACUCUCCAAGACACCUAUGACAAGAUAGUGAAUAACCCGUUGUUGCUGCCUGCUGACAUGAAUCCACUAUUGAGAGACCUACUUGAGGGUCUUCUUUGCAAAGAUCCAAAGCAGAGGAUAACACUGGAGGCUGUUGCCUGUCAUCCAUGGGUCGUUAGAGAUCACGAUGGGCCAAUGCCUUACCACUUGUGUUGGUGCAAGUACGGUAGGCUGCAGGCAGCCUCCGAGGAGAGAGGAGACGAUACCAACUCAUAGCUGAUGUGCCGGUUAGAUCUUGUUUAUUGUAGAAUUUAGGCACUGUGACAUUUCUCGUACGUUGUAUGAUUACUUGCGAAAACCAAAAUCAGCUUAUACAAGAAAUGAGUUAAAAGAAGCAUUUGAAGGGUUAAACGGAUGGAAAACACCUAUAUAAGGUUGGUACUUUGAUGGAAGAGAAACUUGACACCCAUUUUUUGAUAGAAAAUUUAUAUAUUUCAAAUUGUGUUGCUGAUUCA